AUGUACAAAAUGGAUUACUCUUACCUGAACACCUAUGACUCUUGCAUGGCUGCGAUGGAAGCGUCGGCCUAUGCGGACUUCAACUCGUGCAGUCAAGCCAACACUUUUCAAUACAACCCCAUCCGGACCAGUUUCGGGGCCAACCCAGGCUGCCCUCCGCUCAGCACGGGUAGCUGCACGCUCGGCGCAUUGCGAGACCACCAACCUGCUCCGUACUCCACAGUGCCCUACAAAUUCUUCUCCGACCCGUCGGGGCUGAACGAAAAGCGCAAGCAGAGACGCAUACGGACGACGUUCACGAGCUCGCAGCUGAAGGAGCUGGAGAGAGUGUUCGCGGAGACGCAUUAUCCGGAUAUCUAUACGAGAGAAGAACUUGCGCUCAAGAUCGACCUCACUGAGGCCAGAGUCCAGGUUUGGUUCCAGAACAGACGUGCCAAGUUCCGCAAGCAGGAGCGUGCGGCCAACUCCAAGGGAGGCAAUGGCACCGCGGGCAGCAACGGCAACGCUAACGCCAAGAAAGGCGAGGCCAGGUCCUCAUCGGAAGACGACGAGUCCAAAGAGUCCACCUGCAGCCCCACGCCGGACAGCACGGCAUCCCUCCCCAGCUCGGGCAACAUGGGCAGCCCCGGCAGCAGCCUCAGCCCCAGCCCCGUCUCCGCAGCAGGGGCCGGCUUCGUCAACACCUCCUCCUCCUCUGUGCACCAGGGGCUCAAGACCCCCAGCUGGCCCAGCCUCGGCUCCGCCGGCGCCGGGAUAACUCCCGCCGGGCCCCAGGGCUCUGACCUGCUCAAGGCCUGGCAGCCUGCGGACAGUAUGGCCGGACCCUUCGCCGGGGUGCUGUCCAGCUUCCAUCGGAAACCCAACGCCCUCAAGACAAACCUGUUCUAG